GCUCCAUAACCAUAAUCAGACCGCAGCUGAAAAUAAUACUUACUCUUUUUAAUUCAUAUUAGAUUUCUUACCGUGUACACAUUUGGUUUAAAACGUGCUUGGUAUUAUUGUCUGUUUAUUGCGUAAGUUAAAACAUGGCUAAUGAACUGUAUGAUUUGGAGCUCCUGGCGACCAUCGGAUUCGAAGGCCAUGCCAGCAACACCCUCCGUUGCCACCCGGACUGGAACCACAUCCUGUAUGCACUGGGAAGCACAAUAGUGGUGGAGAAUCUGGGCAACCACAAGCAGACAUUCCUGAAUGGUCACAACAACUCAGUCUCAUGUCUGGCUGUGUCUCCUUCUGGCAGAUAUGUGGCCUCUGGUCAAGUCACCUUCAUGGGAUUCAAGGCGGACGUGAUUCUGUGGGAUUUCGCGACAAGGAGUGUGAUCAAACGCUUCUCCCUCCACAAGGUCAAGGUCGAACAAGUCGCCUUCUCCCCCAACGAGAAGUACCUAGUCUCUCUUGGCUCACAGGAUGACAGAAGUGUUGUGGUGUGGGACCUGGAAACGCAUGAGGCCAUCUGUGGAGCAGCAGCUGCCCUGUCCAGUGCCGGACUGGUCACCUGUCUCAAGUACAGCAACCACUCAGACGACACUUUCAUCACAGGUGGCGAUUGCAAUCUACGUGUGUGGACCCUGGACAGGAAGAAUCGGAAGAUCAAACCAGAGGACAUCGACACCCAGAAGAUCAAACGACAGUACCUCUGCAUAGAGGUGGAGUCGGAAGACAAACACUUCUUCGCUGGAACUCUCAGUGGAGAUGUGCUGAUGGUGAAUCUGCAAGGUGACAAGAAGAACCCAGGUCGGUUCCCCCAGAAGAAUCUGUUCUCUCUGGGAGUGAGUAGUCUGGCCCUGCUGGCCAAUGGACACCUGUUAGUGGGAGCAGGCGACGGGACUGUGGCCGAGAUGAAACCAGGCGCCAAGGGGGACAUUAUGGGAAAAGUGAAGUCAGUGAAGGUGGACGGGGGCGUGACGUCACUGUGUCUGAGGAAAAAGGGACACCAGUUCUUUGUGGGCACUAGUGCAUGCAAUGUGUACAAGUUCGUCUACCCUGACCUCUCUUUUGAGGCCAUAGUCACUUCACACACGGACGAAGUCAGAGACGUCUGCUUCCCCAGCCAGAGCAGUGCCCUGUUCGUGACGUGUUCGAAAGAAGACAUCCGAGUGUGGAGUACUGAGACUAACAGGGAGUUGCUGAGGAUCAAAGUGGCCAACAUGUGGUGCAACGGAAUCUGCAUCAAGGAGCCUGGAGAUCUCAUCAUCUCUGGUUGGAGUGACAAGACUAUCAAGGCGUUUGCCCCCCAGUCGGGCAAGAUGUGCUGGGAGAUCGCGAGUGCUCAUAUACACGAAGUGACUGCAGUAGCAGUCACCAAUGACGGCAGACGAGUCAUCUCCGGGGGAGGGGAAGGAACAGUCAAAGUGUGGAACAUCGCCAAUGCUUCCAAACAGGUGUUCGAGCAGGCGCUGAAGGAACACCGAGGGAAGAUCACCGCCAUUAAGCUGAAGAUGGACGACAGAGAGUGCAUAUCAGCCUCAACUGAUGGAUCUUGUAUUGUGUGGAAUCUAGAGACGUUCACGCGGUCAGUGAUGCUGCAGGCGUCUUCGCUGUUCGAGUGUGUCUGCUACCACCCAAGGGAGUUCCAGGUCAUCACCAGUGGCAGCGACAGAAAGAUCGGCUACUGGGAAGUGACCACGAGUGGCGACAACCACCCCAUCCGGGAGGUUGAGGCCGCGGCUGCCGGCAACAUCAAUGGCAUGGAUGUGGGUCCCUUCUCAUUCGGAUCCCACGAGAACUACAUAUUCGUCACUUGUGGGGGAGACAAACUAGUCAAGCUAUGGCUCUACAACGAAGCCAUCGUGACCCACUGUGGAAAGGGGCAUUCAACUGACAUAAUGGCCAUUAAAUUUUCCCCCGAUCUAAAGUACAUUGUCUCAGUGGGUGCCGAUGGAUCCAUUCUGAGAUGGAAAGUACCCCCUAAUAUGGAUGCACUCGUGGACAAAACACACCAGAUGCAAAUGACAGCCGAUUGAUCAAUAAGACGAAAAGCAAUCAAAACAACAGCAAAACUGACAACAGUUUAAAAAACGAUAGCCGUCAUUAAGAUGAUAUCAAGUUAGAAGUGCCUGAAAAGCAACGUAGCCGAAACCUAAUUAAGCCUACAAGAAAGUAUACGUUGAAUAGAAUCAUCGCUGUUGUUUGUUGUAAUGUGUUAAAUUGGAAACUUGAAGUAUGUUCGAUGUUAUGCAAAUUUUGUAUGUAAUUUCAAUAUGUAAUUCACUUAUCGUUUGGAGUA